GCUGGAAACACUCAAGGAAACAGACUGGGAGCCGACUUGAGACCGCGAGAGCAGGAAUUAAGUUUUUCAACGUUUUCCGGCACAGUUGUACGCUUAGAAAUUGUCGGCUUGGACACUGGCCGUGUUAUUUCGUCUCAAUAGGAGGUUGUAUAGCUAAGAAAAGACCGUUACCGUCCGUCUUAUUGGUGCUUAAUGGAAACGCGCAAUCAUAAAAAAUGGUUGCAUUUGGAGAAUAUCCGUGAAUGCGAUCGUUCCCUCUUGACAUCGGUGCGUCAGAAAAGACACCUCAGCUAGCUGGAGUCCGGGUUGGGUGUGAAGUCUUCACUGUGCACCGUGUGCUGCUGGAGUGAAGGUGACUUGCGCCCCGUCGCAGUCAAGGCAAUGCGGAGAGGAGUCACGGGCGCUCAUCCGGUACUUUACCUGCGCUCUAGGGCUCUUCUUGGGAAAAAAUUGCUACCUUUCCCACAUUAGGAGGAAAGAACGUAAGACAUAGAGCAAUAAUAGCGUUCGAGGUUCAACACAGCCAAUAGCUGGCGAAGGUGAACUGAGCGUAAAUCGAGGAGAGAAUAAGGUGAACAGUAAGGUGCAGGGUGGUAAGGCAGGAAGAGAGAAAGUGGUGGAGUUUGGGGGGAUAAGACCAAAUCGUUCUGUCUUAGGGCUGUUUUAAUAGUGGAUGUGUAUGCAUGAGUUCUGCAUCGAAUGGGCGCAAAAAUCGCCCCAGAUCCGCCGGGAACAUCUUCCAGAUCGGCAAGCCUCCUUAUCGAGACUCACAAAGGAGGGAGAGCACCGAAAGUACCCGCAAAGCCCAGCGCGCCGUGGCCGACUGCAGAAUGAUCGUCCAAGAAUUCAAUACACUUGUGGCUCUGUACCGUGAGCUGGUCAUCUCAAUUGGCGAGAUCACUGUCGACUGUCCUUCGUUACGGGCCGAAAUGCUCAAGACCCGAACCAAAGGCUGCGAAAUGGCGCGAGCGGCACACCACAGUCUCUCCUUGAUAUCGGGGCCAGAGGACGGGGAAAUCCACCCUGAGAUCUGUAGGCUCUUCAUCCAGCUGCAGUGCUGUCUGGAGAUGUACAUCACAGAGAUGCUCAAAUCUGUGUGCUUGCUGGGAUCGCUGCAGCUCCACAGGAAAGGUAAGGACUCAUGUGGCCCUCCUGGCUUAGAUGGUAAAACGGAGGAAAGCUCAGACAUCCCCAUUCUGGAGGACACCUCUUCCUCCCCCACUGACUGUCCUCAGCUCUGCUGGCUGGUGGCCACUGACAUAGAAAACAUAGAAAAGGAUAUGAGGGAGAUGAAGAACCUUCUCAGUAAACUCAGGGAGACAAUGCCUUUACCACUGAAGAACCAAGAUGACAGCAGUUUGCUGAACCUGACUCCCUACCCACUAGUCCGACAGAGGAAGAGGCGGUUCUUUGGGCUCUGUUGCCUGGUAACCAGCUAAGGGCCCCGCCUUUGUGGGUAGGAGGCGGCAACAAAGACACCAUUACCCACUGUCCUUCACCACUUGUGUCUCCCACCAAUCUAUUACUGCCAUUUUCAAAUAAAUUGUCUCUUUCUCUUUUUUUUAACGGCUGCCCAUUUUAUAAUUUUAUUUUGUAAUACGAAGAAGAAUUGUAACUGCAGUGUAAUGAAAACAAAAGUCAUGAACAUAUAUUUUAAGAUAUUUUGCAACAGAUUUUCCCCUUUUUUGGUAAACGAAGUGCGAUAUCUGCUUGUCUGAUGUAAAAGGGAAUGAGAGUUUGUCUGAAAUGAUAAUAUCAAUGUUCUGUUACUUCCACAAGCCUGAGUGAAUGAAGUGGAUUUAUGUUUUUAUUUUUUUAAAAAAGGGAAUCUAAAUGUCCAUUUUGUCAGAAAUAAUGUGAUAACUUAUGAACAGAUGCCAUUCACACAUCUGAGGACGGCUCUUGCAAUGACAAAGUUUUACUGUCGUUUGUCUAAGCUGAAAUGACAGGUUUGUGAAGAAUACGUUUGUGUAUUACAGUCUCCGUUUUCUGUUCCUUGCUGUUUUUCUUCUCAAUGUACUUAAUUUAGUCUUCCAUAAAACAAGAACCUGUACCCAACUUAAACUUUCCAGCUUCAAAAUGGAAUAGAUGAUACAAUAGUCAAAAGAAAACUUAUUUGCACACAAUAUCUAUCUAUAAAUCGAGACAUUAGACUUGUAUAUACACAUACUCUUUACGCAAUGCUCUCUGAAUUAUUUUCAAGGUUGCAUGUGGUUAGUAAAGAAGCUGUUGGUAUAAGCAGAGAGCAUCUCUCUCUCUCUGGGGCAGUCAAGCAGACAGAGCGCAGCUUAUUAAAUAUAGUGAUCACUGUUUAUGGCAAGCUGAAGGUACAGUAGUCAAAGCUGAUAUAGGUCAUUUUACAUUGUUAAUAAAACUUUUGUUAUUGAAACUCAUCCACUAGUGUUUGUCAUUGUCUUGCAUGAACUGAAAUGUCCACCAGGUGGAGACAAACAAUCAACAGAGACAAACUUGUCUAGCACGUUCUGGUAAAGCUCAAACAGUAAAAUUACACUGAAUUAAUUAGAUAAAUUGACUGUGUUAAAUGCAAAUUAGGUGGUUUGCAUUCAAAGAACAAACAUGUAUGCCAUUAUUUGUGCUUUUUUUCUCUCUGUCCUUCUUUGAUAGAUAGAUAGAUAGAUAGAUAGAUAGAUAGAUAGAUAGAUAGAUAGAUAGAUAGAUAGAUAGAUAGAUAGAUAGGGAUUUUUUACCACGUCUCACCCCAAAACCAUCAAUUUGUAUGCAUUAUCCCUUCAAGAAUGCCAGCUCAGAUGCACUUUUAACACCUUUUCCCCCAACUAUCAGUCUUUGUGAACAACAUCUAAAACCUAGGAAUCAUUCUGCUGACCGUAAGUAUUUUUUGAAUUGAUGAUAAAACAUUAAGUAGUUGGUGUCUUCACACCUUUUCACGGACAGGUUCAGACACACAUGCAGACAUGCAGUCACACUGUGCGAGGGCUGCAAGCCAGAGGCAGGAAUAGACUGCCAGCAGGGGUUUGCUUCGCAGGAUGAGCUUUGUCGGGUUUAGUAGGCACAAGACAUCUUU